AUGGCUGACGAAGACGAUUAUGAGGGAGGAUAUGCUGAUAACGACGAUAUGAUGGAGGACGAGCCAAUAGAAGACGUCGAUCUGGAAGGAAACGAUGAAGAUCCUAAUGUACAGUUGAUUGAGGUAAGUCUUUAGCUAUUUUCUUGGAUUUUUAGAUUUUACUUAUGUUGUAGAAGAAUGUUUUCAUUACUUUGUAGAGAUCUUUGUUGUAAUAGGCUUGUUUUGUUGUGUUAGGUCAACUUUUUGUUGUUUAAAGCCUGUUUUUGUUUUGAAAGCGUUUUGGCCAUCUUUACUCAUAUUGUUUACGUUUUGUUAACUUGUAAACAAUUUCAGCCUACUCAAAGGGUUGCAAUCGAAAGCUCUAUGAGAGUAACAACACAGUUCAUGACGAAAUACGAAAGAGCAAGGAUAUUGGGCACACGAGCCUUGCAGAUCGCUAUGGGGGCACCUGUAAUGGUGGAAUUGGAAGGAGAAACAGAUCCUUUGGAGGUGGCUAGGAAAGAGUUGAAGGAGAAAAAGAUCCCUAUCAUAAUUCGACGAUAUUUGCCUGAUGGGUCAUUUGAGGAUUGGGGAGUGGAGGAGCUAAUUGUUAUGGAUCAUUAA